UUAUAUACUGUCUAUGUUCAUUGGUCCCUGCUGGUUCUACUUCUGAGCAUGUGUAUAUGUGCCGCUUAGCUGUUAGCAUUUAGAGAUGGCCGCAGACAAGCAAAACGACGCUAAAUUGUCCUCCUUGGAUGAAAAUAAAGAAAAUUCACCGGAUGGAGGACUUGGACUGGAAAUUUUGCAAAUAAUCAAGGAGUCCCAGCAGCAGCAUGGCCUCAGGCACGGAGACUACCAGAGAUACAGGGGUUACUGCUCCCGCAGACUGCGUCGCCUGCGCAAGACUCUUGGCUUCAGGAUGGGCAACCGACAUAAGUUCAUUGGGAAGAAAAUAACUGUUGAAAUGCUUUCUGACAGCAGGUAUCUGUUAUUGGUUUUGAUGGAGGCAGAGCGUGCAUGGAGUUACGCCAUGCAGCUGAAGCAGGAGGCCAACACAGAGCCACGUAAGCGCUUCCACCUGCUUGCAAGACUACGCAAGGCUGCCAAGCACAGCGAAAAGUUGGAGAAGCUCUGUGAGAGCCCCCGUGUUGAUGCCAAGACCAAACUUGAGGCACAGGCCUACACUGCAUACCUGACUGGUAUGGUGGAGUUUGAACUGCAGGAGUGGAAGCUUGCCAUGGAGGCCUUCAACAAGUGCAAGACUAUCUAUGAAAAGCUUGCCAGUGCUUUCACUGAGGAGCUGGCAGUUCUGUAUCGCCAGCGUGUGGACGAGAUAUCACCCAACAUCCGCUACUGUGCUUACAACAUUGGUGACCAGAACGCCAUCAAUGACUUGAUGCAGAUGAGACUGACUGGGGGUGGAGGAGGCAUGAUGGCUGAGAAACUAGAGGCUCUGAUCACUCAGGCCAGAACCAAGCAGGCAGCCACCAUGAGUGAGGUGGAGUGGCGAGGGCGGUCGGUGCCUGUCAAGAUCGAUAAGGCCCGCAUAUUCCUGUUGGGUCUGGCAGACAAUGAGGCCGCUAUCGCUCAGACAGCUAACGAGGAGACCAAAGAACAUCUGUAUGAGACCCUGCUGGCUGAGUGCAGAGACACCAUUCAGGCUGUGAGAGAGGAACUCAAGAGUGAGGCGAAGCAGCGAGAGAGGAGCUCUGAUGCUGACAGCAGCAAGGUGUCCAACCUGCAGUUCCUGCACAGUUACCUGACCUACAUUAAGCUGUGUACGUUGGUGAAGAGGAAUGAGAGCAUGGCCCAUACUCUGCAGGCUAAACUGAAGGAACCCGAAGCUGACGAGAACAAGCGAGGGCCCCGUCCACAGGAUCUCAUACGCCUCUACGACAUCAUCCUGCAGAGUCUGGCUGAGCUCGCCACCCUGCAGGGCCUGGAGGAUGACCACACCUUCCAGAAGGAGGUGUCCCUCAAGACGCUCGUCUACAAGGCCUACAGGUGUUUCUUCAUCGCCCAGUCUUAUGUGCUGGUGAAGAAGUGGAGUGAGGCACUGGUGCUGUAUGAGAGGGUGCUGAAAUACGCCAAGGAGGUCCAGUCUAAGGCCAAGAGCCUCAACAACACCCUGAAGGAUCUCCCUGAUGUCCAGGAGCUCAUCGCUGAGGUCAAUGCUGAAAAAUACUCCCUUCAAGCUGCUGCUAUUUUAGAUACUGAUGAGACUGCUGAAGUUCCCUCUCAGCAGCAGGUCAAAGACAACACGCCCCUUUGCAAACGCCUGGAGACCUUCCGCCUCGAUCCCGCCCUCGUAGGAAAGCAGCCCAAUUUGGUCCAGUUUCCUCCCGACUUCCAGCCAAUCCCCUGCAAGCCCCUGUUCUUUGACCUUGCUCUCAACCACGUGGCCUUCCCGCCUCUGGAUGACAAGGUGGAGCAGAAGGGCAAGGGCGGUCUCACAGGCUACAUCAAGGGCAUCUUUGGCUUUGGCAGCUAAAUCAAUCCCCCAGGCUUUGGUUUCCACAGGAGAGCCACAAGGUCCUGAGUUGACCACAACCAACCAGACUUGGGUCAGUUGUUACUUAGAAUCAUUUAAAAUUACUUUUUAUGUUUUGAUUUUUAGUGCCUAAAGUGCAAGAUAGGUGGAGUUUGCAGUUCUGAGGAAGGCAGAGUAAGUCUAAUCUUCCAAGAAAGAUUAUAGAAAAGUAAUUGAAUCAAUUUCCAAUAGCAAUAUGACCCCAGUCAACCAGCCACCUCUAGUAAUAACAUCAGGCUGCAUGGGUUUCUAGAUUACAGGCUGCCUCCUCAAUUUGAGUUAUGGAGGUGUCGGUGAAUAUUAGGUUUUACAGGUUACCAUCCCAUGGUAUUUAAGUACAGCCAAGUUGUUAAUCUCAUAAUCCUGUCAGAGUAAACUAAUCCAUUAAUAGUAGUUCUUCUUUUUUCACUGUCAUGUAAGCGCCUUCAUGUAAUUACGUCUUAGUUUUUUCUUUUGUGAAAUGUUUUUUGGCAUUGUUUCUUAAACAUAAAAUUUACAAAGUGCAGUUUUGUUAUGGCAGCUACUUUGACUUAAAACAAAGGAGUGCUCAUCAAAUACCAUAAAUAUUCUGUGUAGUUCAACAAACUGAAGCUGUUUUAUCAAUCAUCGUAGUUUCAGAAGACCCAGCGGUGUCCCAUUUCUUCCCUCCACCUUUGAUCUGGUCUCUCCUGCUUUUGACUGUGUAUUAAGAAGCCAAUUUGUGAUUUAAAACUUCACCCCAUAUACUGACAAAGUCAAUUAUUUGGUUAAAAGCCAGGAAUCAAAGUGUGAAAUGUUUUUCUUU